ACAAUUUAUAACAGAAGGUUGGUAUAAACAAGUUAAUUGCUUUGUUGUCCUUUUAUGGCAAUACUAUCACAAUUUUUACCUAAUAACUAUCUUUCAGGCUUUUCUAUAGAAAACAAAUAUAAUUUAUUCAGUAAAAUUUAAUUCUUUUAACCUAGAACAAUGUCUGCGAAAGUCAUGUACUCACAACUACAGCCAUGGAGCACGGUGGGUGCUCCUCCGUUGAUGGAGCAGGUGUCUGGCCCACCGGUUCCCAGCCGCGUUGGCAACUGCUACCAGACACCCAAGGCACACCCUUGGAGACCCACCAUGGGCUACGAAAAUGUGGAACUGAUCCCGUUGCCGAGCCAGCCGGCGACCAACGCCCUGGUCGACCCGUGCUACACGCCGGCCGGCAUGGCCACGGAGCCGCUGCGCUUCCCCAACCUGGUGACGGGCUUCGAGCGCAACCCGGGGCACGCCGCCCGCGCCGCCCUCUACACGCGCUACACGCCGUACGAGUGGAUGCAGAGCAACAUCAGCCACUUCAAUGAGGCGGACACCAACAGGAACUACGCUGAGAGGCUGCGCGGGGACGCAGUGCGCGUCAUGAGAGAGACGGACGAGAAGACGGCCACAGCCCAGCGGGAGUCAGGCCGCCGCCUCGGCGAGCGCAUCACCGACCUCAUGUUCUGGAGGAACGAGCUGGCCACGGAGCUGGAGCGGCUGGUGGCGGAGACCAACCUGCAGCAGGACAAGCGGCGCGACCUCGAGAAGGCCAUCCAGGACAUAGAGGCCCCGCUCAACAUCGUGCAGGAGUGCCUGUACCACCGCGAGAACCGGCUCGGCAUCGACCUGGUCCAUGACCAAGUGGAGCAGGCGCUGCUCCGGGAGGCGGAGGUGCUUCGCUGCUGCCAGGACCGCCUGAAGAAGCAGCGUGAGAGCGCUGUCGCCCAGUUACGCAAUAACCGGGCUUCACAGCACGAACUGGAGCGUGAUUUGAAGUCCAAAGAAGCUACCCUUGGCAUCGACAACAUGUGCCAUCAGCUAAACAACUUCUCGCGUGGAAUCAACUACUAUGGAGGCAUCGAGAAGUUUGAUAACACGAUGAGCGUGCCGGAAUCAUGGGCAGAGAACACCAAUCGCGUUAUCCAGCGGUCGCAGAACGAGCGCGCCAAGUCCGCCCAGCUGCGCUCCGACGCCGACAACCUGAUCAACAGCUGCGCCAACGAGAUCUGGGACGCCUGGAACACCACCAACAGCGCCCUGUCGCGCCGCUCGUCCGAGACCCUCGAAGCCAAGAGCAAGCUGCAGAUGCACCUUCACAAGGUGCAGCAAGAGCUCUUCGACGUGGAGAAGAGCAUGGAGCUGCUGCGCAAGGCGAUCAUGGACAAGAGCAACCCCAUGAAGGUUGCGCACACCCGCCUCGAGGCGCGCACACACCGUCGCGAGAUCGAGCUGUGCCGCGACCCCGCGUUCGACAGGCUGGUGAAGGAGGUGCACGAGAUCGGGGACAGCGUGGAGCACCUGCACCGCAAGCUGCUCGAGGCGGAGGCCCAGCACCAGCAGCUGCUCAAGACCAAGAGCAACCUCGAGUCGGAACUGCAGGUCAAGGUCAACUCCCUGUUCAUCGACCGCGAGAAGUGCCUGGGCAUGCGGCGCAGCUUCCCCAUCACCGCCACCAUCAAGUACUGAGCCUGCCUACGCCACCUUCCCCGUCUCUAGCACACCGUACUUGUACAUCAUGUUAAAAAUUACGAGUUCUUGAAGAGUUACUUAUAUUAAUGUUGACUUAUAUUGUAUUUAUGUGACAAGAGGCAAAUAUAUACCACACUGGCCUGACAGUGUAAAACUCUC